UCAAAGAGGGCCAAGAGGCCGCACCAGAACCACAAAACUGCGCGCCGCUCUGCAUUUCUAGUCGUUCAGUUUACGCCCUGGACAGCCCGAUUCUUGUAGUUGCAGUUCAUAAUCGGAGCCGUCGAUGGCUUUUUCCCCUCUGUUUCCGGCGGCGAUAGAACCCGCCGCAUUUCCUUCAUCUUUCACCCACCCUUUCCCUCUCCGGAAAAACGGGUUCAAGCCGCCGGCAAGCAAUCGCUGGGCACAAGGUAGAAGAAGAAGACGAGCUCCAAGGAUUGCGGCGGUGGUCGGAGGAGGAGGAGAUGAACUAUCAUCCGCCGCCGCCACCGUGCUGUCGGGUCAGCAAGGACAACCCGCCACCGUCACCUGGGAGAUUGUCGUCGGAGCUACAGCCGGAGUGUUGCCGUUCGUGGUGGCCGGGAUUGAGUUCAGCAAAAGAAUAAUAGAACAGAGGAGGUGUGAAGUGUGCGGAGGGUCUGGGCUGGUUCUAAUGGAGGACAAGGACAACCGGGAGGAGUACUGUCGCUGCCCUGGAUGCGGUGGGUUUCUGCCAUGGCAGUCUUGGAAGAGAUUCUUCACCGGCUAAUUGGCAAUUACCCUUGUUAAGUGGACCUUGUGCUUAUGGUCCAAUCACUCUUCUGUGGACAAUUAGUGUGCUGUAUGAUUAGGAUUAGCACUUGUAAUUACUAAAAUCGUUUGACGCUGUGUGGCAGCUAAACAAACAAGAAAAUAGAGUUGAACUUGGAAGGAGGAAGUAAUAUUAAAUUGCUUGCAUCUUGGAUUUGGAUGGUAUGAAAUCUACACGUCAGUCAUAGCCUUUGCGAGAAAGCAAGAGAUGUCAUCUGUUUGCAGCAGGAAAGUUCCCAAGGUUAACAUAGUAAUUAUGGGGCUUCGAUAUGGAUUUCAUCAUCCGACCUUCUCGAGAGUGGAAGAACUUGUGAGGCAGAGGCGGCUCUCAGAAUCUACGCUUCGACGUCUAAGUUAGUACGAUAUAGGAGAGGGUGUAUGGUAAUGGUAUGUAGAGAUAAAGUAGAGAGAGACCUUAGGGAAAGUGAGGAAGGGAAGGAGAGAUCCCCAGUUUUGAGGGUUAGGCCUCCUUAUACAGGGUUUGGACUUUCUUGAGUGGGCUUGAGCCAGUUUAUAGUCGUGUUAGGCUU